CGAGCAGGAUCAGCCAAGGAAGCAAAUCGUGCUUGUGUUGUAACUCCGUAGAAUAGUGUUCAAGCUGCAGAAAACAAUGAGACACCUCUUUGUCGCAUCGGUGAUUCUAUCGCUGCUGGUCAUAAUCGUAAACGCCCAAACGUUCCAGUACUCGCGUGGCUGGAAAAAUGGAAAACGUGGCUCGACGGAGACGGCCGUAGUGAAUUCGCCAAUAUUGACGCCUCGCUUCAUCACCGGACUGGACAAACCCACCGACAAACUGCUGAUCCAACGCUUCCUGAAGUCACCGUGCGUUGCCCGGCUAGCGAACGCGUUGGUUAACGCCAAUCAGGACAUGCUGCAGCGGGUGGCCAACGAUGGUGAUGGUAGCGCAAUUCUGUACGACUCGAAUGGAGCGGAGAGUGCGGAGGAGGCACGCUUCAAGCGGGACACCGCUGCCGGCCAGGAGUAUCCCGGCAUGAUGAGGUUCUAAGGUGCACGAAGCUGGGUGCCUGCGUCACUCCGGUGGUAAUCGGAAGCUUCGCACAGGUGGUGUCAUAACGGGGGACGUUUGAGAUUUCCACAAACCUAUGUUCUUUUUUCGCAUUGUUUUCAGCAACGAUUUGGGGCAAUUUUUUCGUAGAGUUGCGAAGUUGUUUGUGUGCGGAAAUAUUGCACUGUUAUGUAUGUUCGGUGUUACACGUUGUAUAUGAUAGAUUUAUCGAAAA